GGGAGGGAGGAGCGACUGGGUCGGGCCUCUGGACCCGAGAUCCGAAUUCGAGCAGGGAUGGAGCCGGAAGAGGGGACUCCUUUGUGGCGGCUGCAGAAGCUUCCAGCUGAACUGGCCCUGCCGCUUCUUCACAAAAUAGUUGAUGGCAUUUGUGGCCGAAUUUACCCUCUCUACCAGGAUUAUCAGAGUGUGUGGGAUUCCACAGAAUGGAUGCAUGUUCUAGAAGAUACUACCAAAUUUUUCAAAGCUGUAGUUGGUAAAAAUUUAUCUGAUGAAGAGAUAUCUCAGCAAUUGAAUGAGUUGAACUCAUUUAAUCAAGAAGCUAUCAUGAAAUGCUUAAAAAGUAGAAAAGAUGAAAUUAAGCAGGCUUUGUUAGGAGAAAUAGUUGAUAUUUCCUCUGCACAGCUACAGGAUUUUGAUUGGCAGCUAAAGCUUGCACUUUCCAGCGACAAGAUUGCUACAUUACAGAUGCCACUUUUAAACCUUCAUCUUGACGUAAAAGAAAAUGGUGAAGUCAAACCAUAUUCUAUUGAAAUGAGUAAAGAAGAGCUGCAAAAUCUAAUAAAUUCCUUGGAAGCAGCUAAUAAGGUCAUCCUGCAGUUGAAAUAACUGAAAAUGGUGAAUACCAACAUUAUCAGAUUAUGCUGCUACAACUGAUAUCAGAGAGAAUCCUGUGUGUUCAGAAAACCUACAAUGCACUAUAUGUGAGGCUGAGAAAGCAGCCGUAUUGAGAUUACAAAGAUUAAAAUUGAUCAACUUUCCUAAAGAACAGGAAAUUACAUGGUCGACAGGAAGGACAUAAAAAAUUAAAGAUGAAAAACCAUAAUAGCAGUGUAUAUUUUCAUGAUGACUGUUCUGCUUCACUUAUUAAAUAUUUGAGAAAUCUUUAUAGGUAUAGAGUUUUAUUGAAAACUAAAAAUAGGCUCUAAAGUAAUGUAAAUAUGCAAAGCACAAAUAAACUUGAAUCUUGCUUAAAGAAGUAUGUGAAUAUCAAGGAUGUGUAUUAUGGAUAUAUAUGACUAAUUUGUGAUAUUUUUGAAAAAUAACUUUUAAGGAAUGUAUAAGCUGCAUGUGUAACUCAGGAGAUCCCAUAUCUUACUAAUAUUUCACAAGAAAGAUUAGGAAAUGUAAAAAUUCUCAGAGAAAAGCUCUUCAGACAUGAAUAAGAAAAAAUAAAUCUGUGAACAAUUUUGAGUUUGUGAAUUCUAGAAACAAAUCUUAUACUAAACCAUAGGGAAAAUGCAAUAAUAGUAUAUGUCAUUGUAUAAUGUAUAUAUUACUAUUAAAAUAUCAGCUAAGAUUAUAUAUAUAUCAAUUUUUGUUAUAAACUCUUAUGUUGAAUUUAACAGUUUUGGAUGUUUAUUGGCAAACAUCAUUUUUAAUUUCAGUCAAGUUUAGAGAUAAGCAUUCUGAACAAAUAAAAAGUACACUUUUUUUUAUUGCUUUCUUUCAAAUAACUUUCUGUAUAACUCAGUGAUAUGUAAUUAAUUGGUACCUGCUGUUUGCAAGCUUUGUAGUUCAUUAGAGCAUGAGACCAUUAUAUGAAGUGUCUAGAGCGGUUGUUACUAUUCUCAUAUAGAUGAGGAUGGGCUUAGAGAGGUUAGCACAUACCCGAGUGUGAUCCAGAUGGUGCUCUCAAAAUGUGCCUGUAGACCGAUGCGGUCAAACAGAUGGGGAGCUAGCUGGUGCUGGAAUGUUCCUCAGCAUACUGCUUUCUUCACUGGGAAAUUGUGGUUAUGGAAAACAAUAUUGGCCGAACUACAUAGUGUGCUUACGGAGGUAGUUGAUUUCUCUUCUUGGGUAAGUUCCUGAUGUCAUGAUGGACCAGUAACAGCACUGAGUAAUGCUGAUACAGGGCCCUUCUGAAUUUCAGCCUUCCACACAGCACUUCCUCUGAGAAGGAAAAAGUCUUCUUAGUCCCCUGUCACUGUAUUAGCAUAUCUAAACACUUUAUUGAAAUCUGACUGAUAUACUAUAAACUGCACGUAUUUGAAGCUUACAAUCUGAUAAAUUUUGAUAUACCCGUAUGUACACCCAGGAAAAUGAUACCUCAGUCAAGGUGGUGAGCAUAUCAGUCGCUCCUGAAAAUGUCUUCUUACUCCUUUGUAAAUUCUGCUCCUGUGCCCGCCCCCUCUGCCCAGAUAACCACUGAUUUGCUUCCUGCCACAAAAAAUUCUGAUUUGUUCACCUUUUCAAGAGUUAUUAAAUGGGAUCGUACAGUA